CUCAUCUCGAAUGGCAUGCAUAGUUCAUAAUGCUAUCGUAAUGGGAAAUGGAGGUACGCGUCAAUCUCCGUGGGUAGGAAACGCGUAGUGAUUGUAGAAUAAAAUUGUCGAGAUGCCGACCAGAGCAGAGAGGCCUAAUUUGCUAACGUAUCAAGACGCCCAGCAUAGUUGGACCGACGACUUGCCCGUUUGCAAACAGUCAGGUGUGGGGUUUUCAACGAAUCAAAUAUAUAGGGAGGAUGGUGGCCGGCAGGAGGAUCAUCCGUUCGAAGACCGUAGUUUUCACUGUCGGUACGACGACUCAACUUUUUUAUACGGAGUUUUCGAUGGACACGAGGGAACGAAGGCGGCUACUUUCGCGCUUCAGCGUAUGGCAGCUGAAAUUCUCUUAGGACAGCUCAGUGGCAAAUCGACCGACGAGGAAGUUAAAGAAGUAUUAAGGCAAGCUUUCAUUACCGUGGAACGUGGAUAUCUAGACUCUAUUGGAGAUAUUCUGGCAGAACGGGCUAGUCUGCAAUUCGACAUACCGGAUGGGCUGAAUUCGUAUGAAACUUACCAAAAAUUUCCAUACUUGGUGGACAAGUUGAGUUCUUUGAACAGCGAAUUGUCGGCUGGAACAAGCGCGGUGGUAGCCUUAGUUUACGGCGGACGCUUAUACGUAGCAAACGUCGGAGACAGUAGAGCAUUACUCUGCAGAACUGACAGCAAUCAGGUCUUGAGAGUCGUGCAAUUAAGUGUAGAUCACGAUCUGAGGAACGAGGAUGAGCUGUUGAGGCUGUCUCAGCUUGGAUUGGACAUUGACUCUGUUAAACAAGGUUCACACCUUGGAAACCAGGAAAACACGAGAUGCCUUGGCAAUUACCUAGUCAAAGGGGGAUACAGGGAAUUUGAGGAAUUGGCAUCGGCGAGCACAGAGCCAAUAAUAGCAGAGCCGGAGAUACACGGUGGUAUAGAACUCGACGAUUCGUGUAGAUUUUUGCUGCUCAUGUCGAGAGGUCUCUACAAAUCGCUGGAGGAAGCGACCGGAACUGAUCAGGUCAACAAAGAGUUGGCCCAAAUGGCCGUCGAACAGUUUAGGGUACAGUCGACAUUGACGGGAGUGGCGCAAGCAGUAGUGGAUAAAAUAGUGAGGAUACAUCAUGACGUCAACAUGAGCAAUUCCCAGAAUACGUUGACUACUGGAAAAAGAGACGACAUAACAUUGUUAGUGAGAAACUUUAACUUUCCCUUGCCCAACGUCCUAAAAAGCCCUACUAUUCAGUCGGUGAGGUUUAAUCCCGACGUGCAAACUGUGCCCGUACCAUCCCGAAUGGACAAUGACUACUAUUCGAGCAGCGGAACAAAUACGUCCGAUCAACAAAACUGUGAUACAUCGACGACUGAAACUUCGACCACUUCAGACAUGUACCCACCGGGUGGAAAGCCCGUGAACAGAGAUACUAAAAUCAAACCGUACGUCGACUUUUCAGAGUAUUUCAAAACUGUUGAGAAGAGACGCGAGGAGGGAACCUUGCCAGAGGGUAUCAAUUUUUAAGCACGACUACGAGUGUGUCGUUGUCUAUUUGAUUUUUUUUUCAUUAGUCAUUACCUAGAUCUCAACUCGCCUAUCGUUACGAUUAUUAUUAUUGAUUCUUUGUAGGGAUGCACUGUAAGAUAUUUGUAAUAUUAUGACUUUUGUGUUAGUAAAUUAAGUUUUUCGUGAUAACUGGGCCAUUAUUAUCCCUUAAUAGCGUUGAUCAAUUUGCUGCAACAAACGGACAAUGCAGUCUUGAUCACAUAGCAUUCAUUAAUCACAUAUCGGUAAAAUGUCAUCUCGUUAUUAAAAAUGAUGGAAACGA